AGAAGCACUGCUCUCCUCCUCUCUCCAUCAUCCCUCCAUCUUCCUCCUCCUCCAUCCAGAACUCUCUCUCUCUGUCUUCUGUCUUCUCUCCUCCACCCUGAAGACAGGUCGAACUCUUCAUCAGCACCAUCAUCAUCAUCCUCCAAGGAACAGGGAGCCCUCUGACCCUAGCCCCGCCGGGUCACCAUGGCAACGGUCAUCUGCACUCGUUUCACCGAAGAGUAUCAGCUGUACGAGGAGCUGGGCAAGGGAGCGUUUUCGGUGGUGCGGCGCUGUGUGAAGGUGUUGUCAGGUCAGGAGUACGCCGCCAAGAUCAUCAACACCAAGAAACUGUCUGCCAGAGAUCAUCAGAAGUUGGACCGUGAGGCUCGGAUCUGUCGUUUACUUAAACAUCCAAACAUUGUUCGGCUUCAUGACAGCAUCUCAGAGGAGUUACAUCAUUACCUCAUCUUCGACUUGGUCACAGGUGGGGAGUUGUUUGAAGACAUCGUGGCCAGAGAAUAUUACAGUGAAGCUGAUGCCAGCCACUGUAUCCAGCAGAUUUUGGAGGCGGUGCUACACUGUCACCAGAUGGGCGUGGUCCACAGAGACCUAAAGCCAGAGAACCUGCUGCUGGCCUCGAAGUCCAAAGGUGCUGCUGUGAAACUGGCUGACUUCGGCCUGGCCAUCGAGGUGGAGGGAGACCAGCAGGCCUGGUUUGGUAAGACCUCUCAGUCAUACUUGUGUCUACUGUUUCUUUCUCUAUUGUCUCUACUGUCUCUGUCUCUAAUGUCUGUCCUCUUUCGGUCAGGUGUGAUUCUCUACAUCUUAUUGGUCGGUUAUCCUCCGUUCUGGGAUGAAGACCAACAUCGACUCUACCAGCAGAUAAAAGCUGGAGCUUAUGAUUUUCCUUCACCGGAGUGGGACACGGUGACUCCUGAAGCCAAAGAUCUCAUUAAUAAGAUGUUGACCAUCAAUCCGGCAAAACGCAUCACAGCUGCCGAGGCCCUCAAACACCCGUGGAUCUCACAUCGCUCCACAGUGGCGUCCUGUAUGCACAGACAGGAAACCGUCGAGUGUCUGAAGAAGUUUAAUGCUAGGAGGAAACUGAAGGGGGCGAUCCUGACCACCAUGUUGGCCACCAGAAACUUCUCAGGAGGAAAAAGCAGCAGCAACAAGAAGAACGAUGGAGUUAAGGAAUCAUCAGAGAGUACGAACACGACUAUAGAGGAUGAAGACACCAGAGUGAGGAAGCAGGACAUCAUUAAAGUCACGGAGCAGCUCAUCGAGGCGAUCAGCAAUGGAGACUUUGAGAGCUACACUAAAAUGUGCGACCCAGCUGUGACGGCGUUCGAGCCUGAGGCGUUGGGGAAUCUGGUCGAAGGCCUGGACUUUCACCGCUUUUAUUUUGAAAACUUGUGGUCUAAGAACAGUAAACCCGUCCACACCACCAUCUUGAACCCUCACAUCCACCUGGUCGGGGACGAGGCCGCCUGCAUCGCUUACAUCAGAGUGACUCAGUACAUUGAUGCCAACGGGACACCUCGCACCGCCCAAUCAGAGGAGACCAGGGUGUGGCAUCGCCGUGACGGCAAGUGGCAGAUCGUCCACUUCCACCGCUCAGGCUCCGCCUCCACGCUCAGCAAGUAA